AUGAGCUACCAACCGGAAGACCCCUCAGCGGGCGUUGAAAUUAAUGAUAUUGCACUCGGCCGCGCGCGUCCACGCCGACAUGAUGACGAAGAUGAGGGCUCUGAUACCUUUGAAGAUGAUGACAUGGAAAGCAUAGUCGGUGCACCCACAAACGGGCACCAGAAGUCCCAAGGAAAUGGAGAGGAGGAAAUAGAGCUCCCUGCUCAUGCAUGCGCGUACUGCGGUAUUCACAACCCGAGCAGCGUCGUCAAGUGUCUCUCGUGCAAUAAAUGGUUCUGCAGUGCACGUGGCAAUACCUCUUCCUCGCAUAUCGUCAAUCACCUUGUCCGCGCUCGUCAUAAGGAAGUCCAGCUCCACCCCGGCUCGUCUUUGGGUGACACUAUUCUGGAAUGCUACAACUGUGGCACCAAGAAUGUCUUUUUGCUUGGCUUCAUCCCCGCAAAAUCCGAUACCGUUGUCGUCUUGCUUUGUCGGCAGCCAUGUGCCUCUAUGCCUUCCUCCAAGGACAUGAAUUGGGACACCUCGCGCUGGCAGCCUCUCAUUGAGGAUCGUUCUUUCCUCCCCUGGCUGGUGGGAGCACCUACUGACCAGGAACAACUCCGAGCCCGUCACCUCAGUCCUCAAUUGAUUGCGAAAUUGGAGGAAAUGUGGAAAGACAACUCUCAGGCAACCUUGGAAGACCUAGAGAAGGCCACGGCAGUGGAUGAUGAGCCCGCGCCAGUCCUGCUUCGCUAUGACGAUGCUUUCCAAUAUCAGAACAUUUUCGGCCCACUUGUCAAGAUUGAGGCUGAUUACGACCGCAAGUUGAAGGAAUCUCAAUCCCAGGAUGGACUCAUCGUGCGCUGGGAUCUUGGUCUCAACAACAAGCACCUCGCAAGCUUUGUGCUGCCCAAGCUUGAGCUGGGAGAUGUCAAAUUGGCCGUGGGUGAUGAAAUGCGCAUCAAGUACAAUGGUGAAUUACGUCCCAAGUGGGAGGGUGUGGGCUAUGUCAUCAAAAUCCCGAACAAUCAAUCUGACGAGGUCACUAUCGAGCUACGCGCCAAGGGCGACCACAAGUCAGUUCCCACUGAAUGCACACACAAUUUUAUGGCCGACUAUGUUUGGAAAUCAACUUCCUUCGACCGCAUGCAAUGUGCCAUGAAGACAUUUGCAGUGGAUGAGCAGAGUGUCUCAGGCUACAUCUUCCAUCGCCUUCUUGAUCUGAAUGGCAGUCAAAUCAACGCGGUCAAAAGUGUGCUCCAACGACCUCUCAGUUUGAUCCAAGGUCCUCCCGGAACUGGUAAGACCGUUACCUCGGCCACCAUCAUCUACCAUCUUGCCAAGAUCAAUGGAGGCCAGGUUCUUGUCUGCGCUCCGUCCAACGUUGCCGUUGACCAGCUCUGCGAGCGUAUCCAUCGAACGGGUCUCAAGACCGUGCGAGUUACUGCUAAAUCUCGCGAGGACGUGGAAUCUGCUGUUGGUUUCCUUUCGCUGCACGAGCAGGUUCGUAUGAACGACAGCAACAUUGAGUUAGUAAAACUCAACCAGCUGAAGGCUGAACUCGGGGAAUUGUCCAGCCAAGAUGAAAAGCGCCUCAAGCAACUUACUCGCUCCGCUGAACGUGAAAUCUUGACCAACGCGGAUGUAAUCUGCUGUACAUGUGUUGGUGCAGGUGAUCCUCGCCUUUCAAAGGGCAAGUUCCGCACUGUCCUAAUUGACGAAUCGACCCAAUCUGCUGAGCCCGAGUGUAUGAUCCCCCUGGUUCUGGGCUGCAAGCAAGUUGUACUGGUCGGUGAUCACCAGCAACUUGGCCCCGUGAUCAUGAACAAGAAGGCCGCGAAGGCCGGUUUGAACCAGUCUCUGUUCGAGCGUCUCGUCAUCUUGGGCUGCUCUCCUAUUCGCUUGAAUGUCCAGUAUCGCAUGCACCCGUGCCUUUCGGAAUUCCCGUCCAAUAUGUUCUACGAAGGCUCGCUGCAGAAUGGUAUCACCAUUGCUGAUCGUGUCCGUCGCGAUGUUGACUUCCCUUGGCCUAUCAUUGAUGAUCCCAUGAUGUUUUGGUCAAACUUGGGCAAUGAAGAAAUCUCGGCGUCAGGCACCUCAUAUCUUAACCGUACUGAAGCGACCAACGUUGAGAAGAUCGUCACGCGCUUCUUCAAGGCAGGUGUUCAGCCUAAGGAUAUCGGUAUCAUCACUCCAUACGAGGGACAGCGGAGCUACAUUGUGAGCUCUAUGCAGGCAAACGGCACCUUCAAGAAGGAACAUUACAAGGAGAUUGAGGUUGCGUCAGUCGAUGCAUUCCAAGGCAGAGAGAAGGAUUAUAUUAUCCUUUCUUGUGUUCGUUCCAAUGAUCACCAAGGCAUUGGUUUCCUGAGCGAUCCUCGUCGUCUCAACGUGGCCCUUACUCGUGCUCGAUUUGGUCUGGUCAUCCUAGGAAACCCCAAGGUCUUGUCUAAGCACCCAUUGUGGAACUGCCUUUUGCAACACUUCAAGGAACGUCACUGUCUCGUUGAGGGGCCCUUGUCUAACCUUCAGGAGUCCUUGAUUCAGUUCAGCCGGCCCAAGCAAGCAUACAGAGGCCCACAGCGCUUCCAGAUGUCUUUCAGCCAGACAAAUAAUGCUCCCAACAAUGCAGUGAAUGGUCGCAACGGCGGUCACCGGAACGAGUAUCAUGACUCUGGGUCUGUAGUAGGCUACAUCCCCGAUGAUGUGUCUUCUGUCCACGGCUCCGCACUUGGUGGUGUUGGCCUUCCGUCUGGCUACCCCCCUAUGUUCCAGAACUUCGGCGAGUCCUGGCCUGCGAUUUCUGGCGGUCGUCGAGCAAAUGGUGGCCGACCCAAGGGAGCACCCAGUGUGGCUGGCGAGUCAGUCGCUGCUACUGAGUCUGAUGUCACCUGCAGCGUCACUGACGGACGCAGCGUUGAUCAGGGCGGUGUCAGCCUCACAGGUCUGAGCAUCAAUGAUAUGAGCAAGCAGCCUAGUCUUAGCCAAUCUGACCGAUUGAAGCGCUACGUCGAGUCUGGCGGACGCGAGCCUUACAGGGCCGGCGUUCCGGACAAUGGCAGCAUCUUCGGAGGCAGCUCUGCUAGCAUUCGCGUGACUCGCGGCGCGCCAGGCCAGAACCCUCACGACGACGAUGAUGCCCGUAGCGUCUCUACUGCUUUCGCUAGCCAAGUUGGUGGCAACUAUGACUGA